GCCGACGUGCGCCGGGCCGCGGCCACGGCCUACGCGCUGGCCGCCCUGUGCGCGCCGGCGCGCCAGCUGCUGCGCCUGCACCUGGUGUGCCCCGCCGAGGCGGCGGCCGCGCCGCUGCCGGAGCCGGCGGACGGCGGCGAGUUCGCCCGCCUGCGCAGCUGCGCCGACGUCUUCGCCAAGCUGGCGCGCGAGGGCGCCGGGCAGCGCAACUACGCGCUGGCGGCGCGCAACGCCUCGUACCCCAACAACCUGCUGCGCAACGUGGCGCGCGCGGCGGGCGGCGGGCGCUGGGCGCUGGUGCUGGACGUGGACAUGGUGCCCAGCGCGGGGCUGCGCGAGGCCUUCCUGGCGCUGCCCGGGGCCGCGGACGAGGCGGCGCCGCGCGUCUUCGUGGUGCCCGCCUUCGAGAUCCGCCACACGCGCCGCAUCCCCGGCACCAAGGAGGAGCUGCUGCAGCUGUACCAGGUGGGCGAGAUCCGCCCCUUCUACGAGGAGCUGUGCGCCCGCUGCCAGGCGCCCACCAACUACUCCCGCUGGCUGAACCUCCCCUCCGGGGGGCCCCUGCGCGUGGUCUACGAGGUGGAGUGGCGGGACCCCUGGGAGCCCUUCUACAUCGGGGCCAGCUCCGUGCCCCCCUACGACGAGCGCUUCAAGCAGUACGGCUUCAACCGCAUCAGCCAGGCCUGCGAGCUUCACGUGGCGGGGUAUCGUUUCUCAGUGCUGAGCAACGCGUUCCUGGUGCACAAGGGUUUCAAGGUGGCGGGUGAGUUCCAUGCCGAAAAGGACGCCGAGAACCAGCGCAACAAAAUCCUCUUCCGACAAUUCAAGCAGGAGUUGAAGAGCAGGUACCCCGACUCUGAGCGGCGAUGCUGACGUCACACCUUCCCUUGCGGAGGGACAGCUGAAGCUCUUUUGAACUACGGGGGGACCCCGUGCUGGAUGCCGUCUGUCAUGCACUGAUCACAGGGGAAGGGGCCAGGCAGUCCCGGGGCUGCUCUGCCCAUUUCCUCAAGUGUGUUUGUGGCUGCUACAAAUAUUUGUGUUUCAUUUCAGGGAGCCUGUGUUUAUACACACACAGCCUGACCCUUCUGCUCAACAGUACCUUGGUUUACCUUGGGCUGCAGAAAACCCCCGAUUGUUGUUUUUAUAUUUUAUAGGACUUGUUUACAAAUUAGUUACCCCAAACUUACAUCUCAAGGGGUAAUUCAGGGGUCUGCAGUUAUUGAUACCCAGGUGUUAUUUGUGAUGGGCGUUCAUAUUUUUGGAUAAUCGUGAAAUUAUCCAGAGUAACACACUGGUAUGCCUAAUCCAUCCUAGCCUUAAAAAAAAGUCCUGUUACCUUAGUGUACAAAUCCUGUGAUGUGAGCCUUGAGAUAACUAUCUUUGGAUCUUGAUCACUGUUUCUGCUUCCUAAUGUUUGUUGUUAUUAUUUCAUUUUUAUGCCUCCCAAUAGCCCUCUGGGGAGUUUACAGAGGUUCGAGAAACACAUAUUAUAAUGAAACACUAAAUUUUCCAAAAUGUAAAAAAAUAAAUAAAAAUAAUUUAAAACUA